AAUGAGACUACCCACCAUUCACCAAGGCCUAUCACUUUAUUAGCUUCCUUCCACUCAUAAGCUUUUAAAGUGGCCUCUCUCCAACUCCCACCCCAAACGCCAAAACUAAACCCCUCUUCUUUGAGUAAUAAUGGAAAACAAUACUGAAGGUUAUAUUCAUCUUCCAAGUAAUGACGAUGACAAGUCAUUUGUUGCGUCGGAAAAUGAAGAUAGUGAUAUUCCAUACAUCGAAUCUCCAAAAGACUUUGUUAGAGAGUUUUGGGUUGAGUUAAAGAAGACUAUGUAUUUAGCAGCACCUGCUACUUUCAUGGGUAUUUGUCAAUACUCCCUUGGCGCUAUCACACAAACUUUAGCUGGACAACUUAGUACGCUCGACCUUGCUGCCGUCUCCGUCGAGAACUCCGUCAUCGCCGGCUUCUCCUUUGGUGUUCUGAUUGGAAUGGGCAGUGCGUUGGAGACAUUAUGUGGACAAGCAUUUGGAGCAGGGCAAGUUGAGAUGUUAGGAAUCUACAUGCAAAGGUCAUGGGUCAUCCUCAAUUCUACAGCUCUCUUAUUCAGCCUACUCUACAUCUUUGCAGCCCAAAUUCUUAGGCUCAUUGGGGAGACUUCUGCCAUUUCCGAGGCUGCAGGAAGGCUAGCCAUAUGGAUGAUCCCACAACUAUUUGCAUAUGCAAUGGUAUUCCCUAUAAUAAAGUUCCUACAAGCACAACGCAAGGUGAUGGCUAUGGCGGUGAUCGCCGGGCUGGCUUUGGUCGUGCACGCCUUCUUCUCGUGGUUGCUCAUGCUUAAGCUCGGGUGGGGCCUCCUUGGUGGCGCUAUAGUGUUGAAUGCUUCAUGGUGGUUGAUAGUGGUGGCUGAGCUUGUGUACAUUUUUAGUGGGAGGUGUGGAGAGGCUUGGAGUGGGUUCUCUUGGAUGGCUUUUCAAGAUUUAUGGGGUUUUGUUAGGUUAUCUGUUGCCUCUGCAGUGAUGUUAUGUUUAGAAACUUGGUAUUUUAUGGCUCUAAUUCUAUUUGCUGGAUAUUUGAAGAAUGCCGAAAUUUCAGUGGAUGCCUUGUCUGUUUGCGUCAACUUAUUAGGAUGGACAAUUAUGGUCGCUUUAGGAUUUAAUGCUGCCGUAAGUGUAAGGGUAUCAAAUGAACUUGGAGCAGCCCAUCCCAGAGCAGCAAAAUUCUCCGUUAUGGUAUCCGUAAUAAUUUCAUUAUUAGUGGGUUUAAUCAUGUCAUUAGUCUUAAUGAUAUACCGUAAGGAAUAUCCAGCGAUUUUCACCAGCAGUAAAGAAGUGCAAGAUAUUGUGUAUAACCUCACCCCAAUUCUUGCUGUUAGUAUAGCCAUCAACAAUAUUCAACCCGUUCUCUCAGGUGUGGCAAUUGGAGCAGGUUGGCAAGCUUUUGUUGCAUACAUCAACGUGGGAUGUUACUAUGUAUUGGGCAUUCCUUUGGGCCUCAGUUUGGGAUAUGGAAUUGAUUUAGGUGUCAAGGGUAUAUGGUUCGGGAUGCUAUCGGGUACAUUGGCGCAAACCAUAAUCCUAAUUUUUAUAGUCUACAAAACCAAUUGGAACAAAGAGGCUUCAAUUGCUGGAGAAAGAAUAAGAAAGUGGGGUGGUCCUCAUGGUAAUAGUGACACCAAAUAGAAUAGAAAGAUGCCGAUGGAGUCAUUGGUCGCUUGAUGAAUAAUCUAUUAUCUCUCUGUCUCUUAAAGAUCGCCCAUAAAAAAAAAUUGUUUUUUUUGUUCUUUUCGCAUCACAAAAUUUUACCAAAAUAAAUAUGAAAGCGAAAUAUUAACACUCCAUUUGCUUAAAGAGUAGGUAAUUUAUGGCAUUUAGAAGUUAUGUGGAAUAGUAUUUUGACUUUUGAGGCAUAAAAAGAAACCAAUGGAAGAAAGUUGAGGCAUUACAUCGUGUUUUGCUAUUACGCAGUGUGCGUAAUUGUUAAAUUGUAUAAACAUGUUAUUUAAUCCGUACGAGGUGGUAUAAAACAUACUUCUGCUAAUAA